UUUUUUUCAAUUCUUCAUAGAAACUGCAGCAGGGCGCACGCACGUUUCUCGCGGAGCUCGCAGCAGCAGCAGGCUAGCACAGAAGCAUACAGUCUGACACACUCGCAAUAUUUCAGGUGUUGUCACUUGGCAAGCACACCUCAACAGCAGCAGUCAGUGCUGCAGUGUAUCCGAAGCGGCAGAAGGCAAACAUUUUCUUGCGUUCUCGCUGCCGAUUGUUUUGUUGCGCGUUCUUUGUGCGGUUUACAGUGUUUAAUAUCGGGGUGAAUUGUUGUGUUCUUCUGUGUAUAGUGUGUUCUUCCGGUGCCUUCCAAAAUUUGUUGGUGUUUUCUCCCGGUGACAUUCGUUUAGUGUUGGUGUUGGCAGCAAACCCGAGCGUCGUCGUGUUAUACAAUAACAGCAACAAAGAGAGAGAUAAUUACGGGGGUUGUUGUGUUUUCGGAAGCUUCGUUUAGCUAACUACCCUAAUCGCUGCGAUGCAUAUCAGGGUUGUGAAGUGUGCAGUGCAGUGCGAAUCGUAACACCACCAGCGCAUAUCCGUACAACAACGCUGCUACGAGAGAAACGCACCGGGCGUCUCCAUAUACACAGUGCGGGCGGGUGUUAGCAUUUUGACAGUUUGACCAGCAACAACAAUUCCAAAACAAAACCGCAAUGUUUGUGCCGUAUCGUAAUGUGCCACAAGUAAUGAGCGACAUCAUCCCGUGUGAACAUCAACCCGAGUGCCUUUGAAGAAGUUGGUCCGAAGUGAUUCCAUGUGUGUGAAACGGGUGCGCAACAAUUGCAGUGUUGCCAGUGACAGUGUGACACGGUUUUUCACGUGCCUUAAGAAGAGCGAAUAAACAACACUCGAUAAACAGUGCGAUAUAGACCGUUUGGUGUGUUUUUUUUUAAUGUGCGGAAAUCGAGAACAGAAGCAAUACAGUACAAUGGCUCACGGUUCGCUUACGGUCGCGGGUAUGAUUGUCAAAGGUGACGCGUCGUCGGGCCGUGCGGGAGUUGCCGGGCCUUCAUCGCCGUCGGCUACCGGUAGCAGCACCACAACCACCGCACACAACUCCGCCAAGAUGGGUUCGCGGCGCAUCUUUACGCCACAGUUCAAGCUACAGGUGCUCGACUCGUACCGGAACGAUGGUGACUGCAAGGGAAACCAAAGGGCGACCGCCCGCAAAUAUGGCAUUCACCGGCGGCAGAUCCAGAAGUGGCUGCAGGUGGAAAACAAUCUGCGCUCGGUCGUGGCCAACGGUGGUGGUAAUAGCAGCGGCAACAGCAGCAGCAACAGCAACGCCAACAGUGCCGUCGGUUCCGGAAGCUCGUCGGGCGGAGCGUCGGCCCACAGCAACGGUGCCGGUAGCAGCGGAAGCGGCGGUGGCGGUGCAUCGAUGAAAAUAAAUCUCCUAAAUCAUCAUCACCAGCACCCGCAUUUGCAUCACCCGGCGCAUCAUGUGCAUCACCCAGCGCACCAUCACCUGCAUUAUCAGCCGAUGCACCACCAUCCGCAUCACCAUCCGGGAUUGACGGGUCUGAUGCAAGCGCCAUCGGUAGCGGCAGCGGCGGCCGCUGCAGCAGCAGCAGCAGCAGCAGCACACUACCACCAUCAUCAGCAACAUUUGCACCAGCAACAGCAGCAGCAGCAGCAACAGCCGGUGCACCCAUUGGCGUUUCAUCCGAUCGCUGUCCCUCCGGUUCAGCACCAGCAGCAGCAGCAAGUUGGUUUGGACGUGGCCAGACAACGCGUCGCUCGAAAUGGCGCAAGCGCCGCCGGUCUGCUGUCACCCGUGCUUACCCACACAGGUACCGCCUCGACCGCCAUACCCGUCUCCUCCUGUUCGCCCCUCUCGGUCGCAUCCUCCUCUGGAUCGCUGUCCACGUCCUCGCUCUGCUCCGCCUCGCCCAACUCAAUGGCGCGGUCUCCAUCAUCGCAGUUGCUCCAAUUGGGUGAGCCAGCGGCAUCUGGUGGCGAUGCGGCGAACCAGUCGCACCAUCACCACCACCAGCAAUCUGUCAUCUUUUCGCCCGUACCGUUGCUGGCCGCCGCCACAGCAACACCACCGUCAACCGGUACGGCCGAUAGUCACUACUAUGGCCAUAUUCGUGCGGUCGCAGCAGCGGCACAGGCUGCUGCGGCAGCUGCCGUCACCGCCCACCGUUACGAUCAUCCGAUCGAUCUUUCCCGGCCCGGAUCGUUGUCUGCCGGUUCGCCCGUUCCUUCCUGCCCGAAAACACCCCACGACAACUACGAUCGUUCGGUAAAGGAGGAAUGCCUGGAUGGUGCAGAGGAGGAGGAGGAGGAGGAGAUUAGUGUGGAGGAAGUCGAUGAGCCGUUGAAUCGCAGUACCGCCGGUGUGGUAGAACAGGCGUGGGAUCUCUCCUGCCGACGGCCCGCCCUCACUCCGGACCGCAAACGAUCGUCUUCGGCGAUGAGCGGUCCGAUCGCCGCACCCGACACAACCCGUCCGGCCAAAUCGGUGAAACUGUUCAAACCGUACCUGCUCGACGAGGAGGAGUCCCCAAAGCAGCAGCAGCACCAGCACCAGCGGCCCGAUUCAGCGCUAGCGGACGAUGAUAAGGAUUCGACCCGUGAAUCGCCUGCGAUCGUCGAUCGGCCCAUGUCACCGGGGAUCGUCGGUAACCACCAUCAGUCGUCACUCCAGCACCAGCAGCAAUAUCCCAUCAUCUGGAGCAACAGCUCGCCUGCCGCCGCCGCCGCCGCCUACUACGAGCUAAGCCCGCCGGCAUAUCUGCUUGCCUCGCAGUCACAAACGGCAGCGCUCUCCGGUGCUGCUGCUGGCAUUGCUUGUGCACCGGCCGGAAACGUAGUGCCAACGGGGCGGGGUUGGAGUACACCGCAGGCGUCACCGGUGUCCGGGUACGACAGUUCCACCUCGAUCUCGUCCGUGUGCAGCGGGCCGGAGGAGGACAACACCAGCCACAGCAGUCACAGCAGCUCCAGCCACAGCAACCACGGUCAGUCGGAGAAGCUGAAGCAGCAGGCAAUCGAUAGCUUCUACCAUGAUGUGGCGUGCCGCGGCGAUUACCGGGCAGUGGCCACCAAGUACAACAUUAACCGCAAGUAUGUGGAGAAGUGGUUGCAGCAGGAGCAGGAAGAUGAUCAUCAUCACCAGCACCAGCAUAGUCAUGCCGAGGUGCGAUCACCGCUCGUGGUUGGAUGAUUUCGUGGUGGACUCCGUGGUGCGCUGGGAGGAUAGAGGCCAUUUAAUCAUAUUUGUUUAAUUUAACUGAAAUGUGAUAUUUUACUGUACGAUGUGAGAAGGAGAGACACAAACACAGGGAGCGUGAGACAGAGAGAGAGAGAGCGAGGGAUGAAGAAGAGAUGUUGGUUCUGAAGCGCAAGGAAGGAUGUCCCAGAACGAGCAGGUCUUGUUUUGGAGUUGAGGAGGUUCUUGAUUAUACAACAAAAAAAGGAUGCCCUCCUGCAUAUCCAGGCCAGGCAGGUGUCGGGAUUCACAUCAACCUACCGCGCACCUUAUCAUCAUAGACCCCGUAGUUAACUUUUAUAAGGCCAGAGAUCUCCUAGAUCCUAGUGUGUGUAGGUAGGAACGGGAGGAAUGCGCGGGAUUUUCCCACCAUUAGACGUGUGUUUCUCUCGCAGGUGCCAUAAUUUCAGGUGUCAUUAGCGCGCGCGUGUUUUUUUUUCUCGCUUUCGUUGUUAGCAGAAGAUGGAGAGGUGUGUUAGGACGACCAGGAGCCCUAAUGGGAGUUCAAUUGAGCAGCUUGGAGUGUGCACUUCAUGGCUCCCUGCUACAGGUAGAGCACCUAAAGGGAAAGGUCGGCUUUGCGGAAGAUGUUCCGGAGGCUGGCUUUCACCACCAGGUACCGCCAUUCUGGGGGCAAUCUUAAGGAGAAAAGUGCAAAGUGAUUUGCAUUUUACAACACGAUCGAGCAAUCCUUACGUGCUCUGGGUGUGUGUGGGCCCCUUUUGCUGAAGAGAUGGGCCGUAUCUUUUCGCACCUUUUUUUUUUCGUUGUUGUCCUGCUUUUGACACCAAGUGUUUGCGAAGUGCGUUAUGCCCUUGCCCUUUUCGGUGGGAAUUUCCCACUAAUCCACCCAACUGUCCAAGGCGAAACAGAGAGAGAGACAGGGAGAAGGACUUCUAUAACAGUGGUUCUGCUGUGUUGGGUGCAAUGCGCGCUACCAGGGGGAUAUUAGCCUGGCAAGAAAGUUUCACAUAACACCCAAGGGGCAACGACGUUUUCGUUGCCCGAUCCGGCCACCACAACCGAUGGAAAAUGGGAACGUUUUUUUUUUUUCUCUCGAAAUAAGUGCUUUGCACAUGCAGUUUUUCGUUGAACUAGACCCCUAUUUACGCAUUGACCCCGUUGGACAAACAAUAUGUUUGUUUGCGCGUUUGGCGCUUUUUUGUUUCGACUUUUCGACGAGUCACCUGUGUGUGUGUGGGGGGUUUGGUGCGUGGCAUGCAGUUUGUGGGUUAAGGAAGGUGUCCCUUCUCCCGCUUACGAUCGGACGACGGGUGGAAAAAGGUUUUAUGUUUCUGGCUUGCAUCAUCAUCAUACCUUUUGAUGAGCGGGCUGGUCUAAAAUUAGAUUUCAAAUUGGCGAAGUGCAGUAGCAGUACUACCUCGCGGGUUCGAUCAAAACAGUGUAGCGAGUGGACAGCAAAAGCAAAAAAAAAGAAACCCAUAAAAACACCCAGCAAAUAUCGCGCAAAACGAAAAACACCUCGUCGAUUGCAUACAAUGCUAUCCUGUGACUCGGCUGCGUUCUGCUGCAACUGUACACCUUCGAGUGUGCGGUAGGGUAAAGCGGGGUAGAGGCUCUAGUUGAGGGCAAUAAUGCAAAGGGUCGACGAGAUUGUAAAGCCCCCGUCAAAAAAGGUGUAAAAGGAAGCGCGCGGCCCUAGUCAGCAAAUGAGGCCUCUUAAAGGGGUGGCUUUAUUUUGCGAAUCGAGUCAUCAUAAUUCGACCACCACCAAAACCGAUUGAUUGGUAACGGUGCAUUAAUUGCGUGGUUUUCCGAUGUCUCUCACCCCCCCACCUCUGAAACGCUUUAUCUCCCAAGAAGGUGCCAAUAGAAUCGCAAAAUUUUUGUAAAUUAUAUUUAACGAUACCGUUUGUUGAAGGGCGAAAGAAGGUUUCUUAGGGAGUAAGAAUUGUUUGUAAACCGUACUUUUUGUUUUGUUUCGUGGUAGUAUUAGGAGUGGAGGAUGGAGGCAGAAUAAUUAAUUGCGACUCGAAUUUGGUUGGUUGGGUUUUUUGUUGUAACCCCUUUGUUGUUGUGUCCAACUCCCCCGAGUUUAAAUCGAGUUCUUCCACCGGAGAGGAGACGGGCGAGGUUAUUCGUAGCGUUACGGAAAACACACUACAGGAACAAACAGCGUAAUAUCAACAAUAAUAUAUAUAAAUGUAUAGAGAGAGAGAGUACGGGGAGAGAAAUAUGUAAUAGAAAACGUAAAUGUGAACUUCUAGUGCCUAUCUGAAAACGAAUCAAAUUGGAAUAAGUUGGUUGGUAACGUAACGUAUCAUAAUUUAAAAAAAAAAACCUUAGAGCCGAUAGAGCCGAACACUAAGCUUAACAGGAAACAAAGUGAAGUGUAACGUAUAGUAUAGUUGGAUAGCCUUUAUAUAUAUACAUAUAUACAUACUACUAUUGCUAUAAGUACUAUAAGCUUAAGUGAAACAGAUCAAAAUACUUAUCAAACGCUGCUUGGUAGCUGCGGCGAAAAACACACACACACAAUACAAUACAAAAUCGAACGGAAAACAUAUAACAACAAAGUAAAUCAAGUGCCAAUAGUAAUACAUUGAUUGCGUAUAUGAAGGAUGGUAUGCAAUUAGCAGGGUAGCGGUUAAAGCGGAUUUGAUACAGCAGUAGAGCAAUAUUAAGAGAAAAUAAAAGGAAAUGCAAACGAUACUACAAUAAUAAUAAU